AUGAACAGCAGAGACGGUUGGUUGGCGCGCCUGCAGGUCCUGCUGCAGGACCUGCUGCAGGACCUGCUGCUGCUGCAGGUCUGCUGCAGGUCUGCUGCAGGUCUGCAGCAGGUCUGCAGCAGGUUUGGGAAGAACCGGAAGGAUGAGCGUCCGGGGGACAAAAUGGAGCGGAAGGGAUCCAAGAAGUCCAAAAGCGAGGAGCCGCUGGCGUCGGAGGGCCGGGAGCUGCAGACGAGUCUGGAGCAGGAGAGGAUCCAGGCCAAGAGCUUGGAGCUCCGGGAGAAGCAGGCCAGGGAGCGGGACUACGCAGAGAUCCAGGACGUGGAGCACACCUUCAGCUCUGAGGAGGAGCCCCUGUACGCUGGCAUAGCAUCCCUCAACUCCUCCAUGGACAGUAGCCAGCUGGAGAGCCUCCACAAUCACCACUACCACCUCCCCCUGGACCCCCAGGACCCCCAGCUUUCCCAGGGGGGGGACCAGACCCUGGAGGCUCUCUACGCCCGGGUCAACAAGCCUCCCCGCAACGGACGACCUCCCUCUGCCGACAGGUAG